AAAACCCCCAAAUCCAUUGUAGGGUUUUGGCAAAACAGGAAACAGGAGUUGUGCACUCUCUGAUUCAGUCUGAAGAUCUCAGACGCAGACAUAAACCCCAAGGUAACUCUCUAUGCAACCUCUUUCAAUUCAACUACUCAUGCAAAAAUGCAAUUGAUUUUCAAAAGCUUCUUUGCCCAGAAAAUCCAAUCUCCCCAUUUCUUUCUCUAUUAGAAAUUCAUAGCUUCUGUGCAUUCCUUACAAUUCGUUCUCACAUAGAUCAUGGUCUCCUCUGAGCCCUUAUGAAUCUUCUUCUCUCUCUCUCCAACCCUUUUUCAUGUUAAUGAUUAGAAUCCACAAAAGGGUAUCGAAAAUGAUUGCUCAGCUCAACAAUCUAGUCCUCUAUGCAAAACCUGUUGUUCAUGAAAGAACCACUUGUAUGCAAAACCCAUCUUUCGUUUGCAUUGAUUUUCGACGCUUUUCGAGUUCUAGGCUUACCCAUCAUCCAAAGGCCUCUCUUCCUGAUUCAACUCAAGUGGUCACCACUUCUCCUUUUGCUAACCGGGUUUCUAGAACUGCUAGAAAUGAGGGUCAGGAGGCCCUUUUCGAUUACCUGCAUUGUACUCGAAGCUUCGGCUUCACUGAUGCAGAGCAUAUUAGCAAGAACUCCCCAAAGUUUCUUGAAAAUUUGCUCUCCAAGAUUGAUAGUGAGAACGAGGUUGCGAGGACUUUGAGCAGGUUCCUUCGCUACAAUCCGAUUAAUGAGUUUGAACCCUUCUUUGAGAGCUUGGGUUUGAGCCCAUCUGAGCUCCCAUUGUUUCUACCAAGACACUUGAUGUAUCUGAGUGAUGAUCCUGUUAUGUUUGAGAACUUUCAAGCUUUAUGUGACUAUGGAAUACCCCGGAGUAACAUUGGUAGGAUGUAUAAGGAGGCAAGAGAGAUAUUUGGAUAUGACUAUGGAGUGUUGGCUUCAAAGCUUCAAGCUUAUGAGUAUUUGGGGUUAAGCAAAGGCACAGUUGUUAAGCUUGUUAGUUGUUGCCCGUUGCUUUUGAUAGGUGGUGUUAACAAUGAAUUCGUGAAGUUUCUUGAAAAACUGAAGUGUUUAGGCCUUGGAAUGGAUUGGAUUGGUGGGUAUGCAUCAGAUAACAGCACGUAUAACUGGAACAGAAUGCUUGAUACAAUGGAUUUUCUUGAUCAUGUUGGUUAUACGAAGGAGCAGAUGUGUAGUUUGUUUCAAAGAAAUCCUGCAUUACUGUUAGAAGGUUCUGGGAAGAAUGUCUAUGUGUUGUUUGGCCGUUUACUCAAAUUGGGUCUCGAGAUGAAUGAGGUUUAUUCGUUGUUUAUGCAAUAUCCACAGGUCUUGUCAGUUAAGUGCACAAGAUAUCUUUUGCAGGCAAUAGAUUAUUUGAUUGACGUAGGAAUGGCUACGGAUGAGAUUGCAGAUGUUGUAGCCAAUGACAUGGAAUUUCUGAGUUCGUCUCGUCUGAAAAGACCCAAUACUGUAUGUAGAGAAUUAAAGGUUGGGAGAGAUGGCCUGCUGCAAAUUAUUAGAGAAGACCCAAGCAAGGUGUUGAGAUUGGCUUCAAAAUCUAAAGCUUCAACUAGUAAGCAAGUAGUAUCUCGAGUUCCUUGUAAUCACCUCGAGAAAACAUCAUUCUUGUUGAGAUUGGGUUAUGCCGAAAACUCAGAGGAGAUGAUGAAAGCUUUAAAGAAGUUUAGAGGUAGAGGCGACCAGUUACAGGAGAGGUUCGAUUGUCUGGUAGAAGCUGGCUUAGACUGCAAUGUUGUGAUGAACAUUAUCAAACAAGCACCAAUGGUUCUUAACCAGAGUAAAGAAGUGAUUGUGAAGAAGAUAAGUUGCCUAACAAACUGUUUAGGUUAUCCACUGGAAUCAUUGGAGGCAUUCCCAGCAUAUUUAUGUUAUGACAUGGACAGGAUUAAUCUUAGAUUCUCAAUGUAUAUGUGGCUUAGGGAGAAACGUGCAGCAAAGCCUAUGUUGUCUUUGAGUACUCUUCUGGCAUGCUCAGAUGCACGAUUUGCAAGAUACUAUGUAGACAUCCAUCCUGAAGGUCCAGCCAUGUGGGAAAGUUUAAAGAACCAAAAAAAGCUAAGCGCCAAGUAGGAUCCUUGCAACUUUUAUUUUACUUUUCUGGGUCAUUAUACCAGCUUAUAUGAGAAACAGGCAUUGCUGAUUCAUUCAUACUUCUAUACAAAUUCAAUCAUGUUAAAUUC